AGUACACGAAUGGCGUACAAACUGUUUGGACGUGUUUGCUGCUCGCUGGCGACGUCGCGGCUUCGAGUUCGAGUUCGCAUUUCAAUUCUGAGCGCAGCGUUGUAAAUAUUGAAAGCGGCGCUCGCGAAUCAAAUUAUUUCAGUGUGUGUGUGUGUGUCUGUUGUGUGCACGCGCAAAGCAACAAACACAAACCGCAAAUACAAAUAAAAAACGAAAGAAAUGCUAAAUAAAUAACAACAACAAUUGCACACAAAAAAUUAUGUGAAAAGCAACAGUGAAAUACUCGUAAUUUGUUGAUUUAAGCGGCGUCAAAGCUGAAGCUGAAGCUGAAUGUCGUCGACGCCGACGUCGUCGUCGCCUAUGUGUGCGUGAGCGAGUGUGUUGUUGUGUGAGUGUGCAAAAAAAUACAAAUUACAAAAAAAAAUUGAUAGGCUGAGCCAAGCGAAAUACAAACAUAAAGCGGAAAUGCAAAAAAUACAACAAAGCUAGAAAGGUCAAAAAGGGAGAAAAGUCAACAAACAAUGAAACGUCGGUGUGUGUGCAUCAAAUGCAAGUGGCAUUAACAAAAUGCACCCAAAAAGAACAACAAUAAAAAAUAUCAACGCAAAUUUUGAAGACAAGGAGACAAGAAGGAGAAAAGGAAUUCCAGAAAACUAAAAAUUUGAUAAAUUGAGAGCAAACGAGACGAAUUUGCAAUUGCGUUUGGGCAAUUGGCAAACACCAAGGGAGAAAAAAAACGCGAGAUUGCAAUGUUUUUGUUUUACAAUCGAAGCAUUUUUGUCAUUAUUAUAAUUGAAAUCCUGCUGCUGCUGCUGAGCGAUGACAAUGGACAACCAACGCUGACCAAGUUGCCGACAACAGUUGCUGCCGCCACACAACCGAAAAACUCAACACUACAGAAGCCAUAUCUACAGAUUUUGAAGCACAACUAUACAAGACUGACCAUCACCAAUCCACACUCAAUCAGUUUUCUCAACUGCACUCCCGUGAUUACCAACUAUGAUUACUAUCAAGAAGGAGCAUCCGUCUACUGCAGCUGGUAUCGGAACGAUGAGGCCAUCGAGCACUUGUCAAUACGCAAAAAUGAGUUCUUCAUUUUUGCAAAUGGCACGUUACGUUUGCCGCCCACCGAGCGAGCCAGCGGCGUUUAUCAUUGCCAAAUUGAGGCCGAUUACACGAAAGUCAUAUCCGAAAGCAUCACCGUCGAGUAUCCUGUACUCAAACGUUUAAUUGGUGGUCCACAGCAGAGUAGCAACAUCAGCGCCAUUGAGCAUCUGCCCCUUGUGCUUAACUGUCCAUUUUUCAGUGUGCCAGCUGCUCGCUUCAGCUGGUACUUUGGCAACGAAUCCCUGGCGAAUGACAGCAGCGCCAUCAUCUUAUCCAAUGGCACUCUUGUGCUGCGACAAUUGCGUCCGGAACAGGCUGGCAAAUACAAAUGCGUUGCCCAGAACCGAUAUGCCAGUCGAAAUCAUCGACAGUUCGUGUGGUUGGUGCGCGUCGAACCAAAUGCUGAUGGCAGUCUAAUGGUAGCUGGCAGCGAGACGCGACUGCUGCCUGCCUUUCAGAAUGCCACACUCUAUGUGCCCACGGGUGGCACAUUGAUGCUGCAGUGUCGCGCCGUUGCCGAUUAUGUGCCCAUCGACUGGUGGCUCCAGCAUCCAAAUAACACACUCACCCAGUUGCGCAACAACAGCGUCGCACUCGAGGUGAGCGAUGUGAGGAUGGAACGCCACGAGGGCUUUUACAUCUGUACGACGCCGACGGACAGACAAACGUUUCGGGUGAUUGUGACGAGUCCGCCGCGUAUAGUCAGCACAUUGCCGGUGGAGGUGGGCUACAUUAGCCUGUCGACAACGUUGACCUGCAGUGCCGUGGGCAAUCCGGCGCCCACGCUCAGCUGGUAUCACAAUGGAGCGCUGCUCAAUAGUUCCUACACACGCUACAUUAGCGGCAAUGAGCUGCACAUCCACUCGUUCGAUCCCGAGGAGGAGGGCAUUUAUCAGUGCUUUGCGCGUAAUGUGGCCGGCGAGGAUUCGGUUACCGGUGAGGUGCGUUUCAAGCGACAGCCGGAGAAUCCGAAUCCCUUGCAGAACAUACGCUGUUAUCCGCACAGUUUUCACACCAUUAACGUGACUUUUGACAGUCGAACCAUGGAGGCCAUGUUCGUGGUGCACAUUGUGCGCAGUAAUCCGCAUCAAUGGAGCUCAUUUGCGCCCAUGAAACUCAAUCACACCUCGUUCGUGGUGAUCUCCACCGGGCUGCCUGUCUAUCGUCCCUUUGCGCUGAUCACACGCUUUCUCACGCCCACCUCGGAGGUGCGCUCGGGCACCAUUGUGCCCCAACAGAUGAUACUCAGUUCGCUGCGAAGUCCGGCUGUUGUCUGCUGUACCCAAGGCUUGCUGCUGCGUCUGGUGCAUUUGGGCAACGACACGUUUGUGAAGUGGUCACAGGCCGAGCUGGAUAACAAAAAGUACUUCAUACUACAGUUCUCUGUCAAUCACACGCAUCCACAUCCCGCCCAGCUGUUGGACGGUCCGCUGCAUGGCACUGUCACGCCAGUGGAGGAGAAAGCGGACGAGGUGCGAAGGCAUCUAACCAUUAUACGUCCACUCAAUCAGUCGGCGGCUGCCACAGUUAUGCGGAAUGCUGAAUACGAAGUGCUGGACAACGAGGUCGACGAUGUCACUCUGGAGAUGGAGGAGGACAUCUUCAGUUUGGUGGUGGAUGCCAGCGUAACGGGUGUGCUGUUGCAGCAUUUUAGUCGCAUCAAAAUGCGUGUUCUCAUCAUUACCAGCGAGAAUGAGUUCCUCGCGCAGGACUUUCGCUACGUACAGUGGAAGAUUAUUGAAAAUGGCACCUCGGAUCAAUCGAAUAUGUCGUUUCGCUUGAUUACUGUCGAGUCGCGUAUGCUGGCUUUUCAAUUUCUUGACAGCCUGAAUGAUACUUGUGUGUAUGAGUGCCAUUUGCACAUACAGUUGCCGCUGAAGAAACAGGAGCCCAAGUGCAAGGAGCGCACCAUUGUCAACUCGAUGCUGUUGGUCAGCGGCUUGAGCGCCAAUGAGAGCUACAAUUUUCACUUUUACAACUGCAAGCCGCAGAUUUUCUACGGCGAAAUGGAUGUCAAAACGCUGCCAGAUCCUCCUGGCACCAUCAGCAACUCACGUGUGGUCAAGGACAAUGGACUGAAGCUGCUAUGGGAGCCGCCUGUGCAUCCCAAUGGACGUGUGCAUCACUACAGCAUCGAGUGGACGCUGGGCAAUGUUACACACGAAGCUGUGGUCUAUGAAUGUCGCACUUGCUCCUACAAAUUUCCCAAUGUUUCGGAGUCGGAUAAAAUGCACGUCACGGUGCGCGUUGUGGGAGAAACGGGAGUUGGCGCACCGCUUUACUUUGAUCUGAUGAAUCAUCGCGUUACGACGGAAGAUCGACACAACUCGAAUCAUGAAGUCUACAGCGGCAUUGCCAUUGGCUCGCUGUUGUCCACUGUCUGUGUGUUUGGCUUUGCGCUCUUCAUCAUCUUUCAGCGGCGUCGGUUUAAGGCACGCGCUCAAGGUCCCACCCAUUUGACCACGCCCACAGACAUCACUUUUGGUAAUCUAAGCAGCGCCUCUGGCAUGCCAGGCGACAGCGCUGGUGGGUUAAGUGGCAGCACCUUGCAGCAGGAUUGCCACGAAAUGCAAACGCUGAUACCACGUUCGCGUUAUCACAUCGAAUUGCUGCCCGAGCACACGCUCGAGUAUCAAACGAGUUCGGCGGCUGCUGCGCCGCUGCCCAAUGGUCACAGCAAUGGACCGAUUGUGCGACGCGGUGAGCAGGAGUUGGAGCUGAGCAUUGCGGGCGUGCAUAAUCUGUCGCAGUUGCCGUUGUGUGCGAACUCGCCGGAGCGCAAAGAGGAGGCGAAAGCCUUCUAUAUACCCUAUCGUCAUACGCCGCCCAAUGCUGUCGCCUUACAGGCGGGCAACAGCAGCAGCAAUGGCAACGGCAGCGGCAGCAACUCCAAUCACGCCAAUCACAAGCAACACAACAGUUCCUCAAUGAACGGCGGCGGGGGCGGCGAUGGCAGCCUGGAGUUGGCCAUGCCACCAAAUUCGCUGCCUUUGGUCUCCACAAUGCCCGGACUGGGUGGCAAUGUGUCAGCAGCGCGUCGCAGCGGGAGCCUGAGCAGCAGCAGCGCCAGCAGCAGCAGUGGUGGCAAUGGCGGUGGCAGCAGCAGCAAAAAGCAAUUUCAUACAAAUUUCACACGACACUCGAACUCCAACGAUGGCAUCUGUUUGCUGGCCGAGGAGGAAUCGGCGGCCACUUUGACGCCAACGUCAGAGCAUGAGUAUGCGUGUGUUAGCAUAACGAAUGGUUUCAAGUUGCCCGCCGAACUCACUAGGAAUAACCAUUACAACAGCAACAAUAACAACAGCGGCAGCAGCAACAGUCAGCAAAAGCCAAUUGCUGUGCAGCUCAAGGAUCGUCAGCAGCAGCAGCAGCAACAUCACCAUCAGCAGCAGAAGCAGCAUCCAAAUGCAUCCAUAGUUCCUGCCAACGGGCCACAGUCCGUUAACAAUGUUAAGGCGACGAGAGCAAUGGCCAAACAAAGUUGGCCAGCAGCGCCAUCGGCGUUGCAGCGUCGUGCUCAAGUCGAUCCCAAUGGCUGAGUGGCGGCGGUUGCUGCAGCCAUUGUUGUCGUCGCCUCGCCAAGCAAAAGUAUUCUCUGAGAAGCUACUAUUACACACUAUACACUAUACACACACACACACACAUACACGUACACGUACACACACAUUCGCAGCUUGAAACAUUCCAAAACACAAUUGAUUGAUUGAUUGAUAGAUUUGAGUUUGAUUGAUUGUGGUUUAAGAAUGCAUUUUAUAAAUGCAUUGCACUUCAAUCGAAUGAAGUACGAACUACGAGAAUAAGCAGCAUAUUUAUACACAUACAUACAUAUAUAUUACAUAUACAUAUAUAUAUAUCUAUAUAUUAUAUGAUUAAAAUUAAGUUUUAAGCAUUUGACAUUUUUUAUACGACAUUCGCUUUAGUUUUACUUUAUAUACAUUUAUAUAUAUUUUUUUGUUUGUUUUUCUUUCGUUUAAUGGAGGCUAAUUACCAUUUAUGAUUUGUAUGUUUAACAACUUUCCACACAUUAAUCAAACUGCCGCAAAUAGUCUAUACUUAUAGCCAAAAACAAAAACAACAGAAAACUACAAAAAAAAAAGAAAACACAAAUGCAAUAGCCCAGCUCACAUACACCAAUAUACACCACACACUCUCUCACACACAUACAAUAGUCACAAGUGUUCAUAUCCAUAUACAAACAUACAAUAUACAACAUACAUAUAUUUAUAUACAUAUUUAAGCAAACAUAUUUAAUUUCCGUUUAUAUUAAUUGCUUGCAUUUUGUUUGUUUUAUAUUUUUUUAUACCGAUAUAUCAAAUGUACCUGAUUAUAUUCAUUUUGCAUUUCGUUGAAGCGCUUAUUUUCAAGCUCCAACACCACACACACAACCAUACAACACACACACUCACACACUUAUACGCACUUGGCAUUCCCUUUUGUUUUUGUAAACAGAUUGUUUUUGUUUUUAUGCCUAGAAUGUACCGCAGCCGUAUUUUACGAGUCUAUCCCUAUUACCAACUGUACCUUGUUUGUACAAACUACCACAACAACAACAACAAUUACUACUGUAGCUACACCCACACCCUUACACACACACACACACACACACACAACUUUAUACAUACAAACAAAACCGUAGUCAACCGCAGAUUAUUAUUUUUCGAAAACAUUGAAAAUGGGCUCAGCUAUAAAAUGAGUUUAGAGAAUUGUUAUGAAAGAUACACACACACACACACACACUCAUCCAAUAAACACACAUUCACAUUCACACACACACACAAUUAUUCACAUUCCAUUUUCCAUAGAAUAUAACAUAGAAUGGAUGUAUAUGAAGUUUAGAUACAAUUUUGAAUUGAUGCAAGUAGAAUGGAACGAAAUGAAAAAUGUUUGAAAUUUGAAUCCGUUUAAGAACUUUAAAUGUAUACGUAUUUAGACCUAAGUGCAAUAACAAAUAUAUAAGCCUAUACCUUGAAAACCAACCAAAACAAAGCUAAGAACAACAACAGAAACAAAAUAUUACAAACAAUAGUACCUUUCCACAUAAGCAACAAAGAGAAAUAUAAUACACAAAGACGUAAAAUACACACACACACACGUAAAUUAAUAUAUAUAUAUAUUCCACUGGCUGAAAUGUUUGUGUGUGCCCUGUUUAAAAUGAUAUUAUAACAGAUCAUAUUCGGAUAUAAUUCUU